CGACGGUUUGCAGCCCCAGCCUCUGAGUCCGUCACCCAACUGUGUAUCAAGAUGGCAAAGCAAAAGCAUAAGAAUUCAAAUACAGUGGAAGAAGAGGAGGUGGAGGAAGAUGAUAAAGACGACAUUACAGACUUGAACACAUUCUCCCUUAAAAGCACUUUAGAAACUGAAAACCCAAAGGUGGUUGGGGGUGGUGGCCAGCUGACCCCAGAGGGUGAAAGCAGCAGGCUCCUCCCAUCUGAGGGAAGUUCAGUGGCACCCGAUGGCUCCCAUACUGUCACCUGCACAUUCACAGUCUCACUGGCUGUCCCUGCCCUGCCUACAGGACAAAAACGAAAGAAAUCCAAUCCCUCUGAUGUGCGAGGAAAGAGAGUUCAAGCUGAUGAAUCCGGAGCCGUUUCAAGAGCACAGUGUUGCUAUCACAUCGAGUACUUCCUUCUACCAGAUGACCUCGUACCUAGAAAACUGGAUUUGGUGGUGUUUGGGGCAGUUGCAAAGCUAUUUACAGAAUCUAAUUCCAAGGCCAUUACACCGUGGUUUGAGAAUGACAAGAUGUGGAUAUCAUGGAACCAUAAUGUUGAUAUCGAUGUCACUAAUGAAUAUCUAAUAAAACUAAGAGAUCACAAAGUAAUUUUAAAAAUCUGGGAUACCAAGGGCAAAGCGAAGCUUAGUAAACCAAAUAUUAUUUCUUCACUAGAAGGGGAUGAAGAGGCUGUUGGCGGCGUAAAACACACAGUGCUAUUGCAAAGGAGAUUCUUUGAAGAGAGCCAGCCAGCACCCAGCCGUACAAAACUCAAAGCAGGAAAGGAAUGCAAGGCACGGGAGGAGUCUUCAGCCCUUCCUGUUGCAGCAGAAGAAACUGAUCUGAAUGGACUAGCAACAUCUAAUUGUGAUUUGCCACAUCCGUCAAGGACAGAUGACUUAGGUACAGUGAGAAGUGUGAUAUUUGCAAAAAAUGGAUUUCUGGAUAAGGCCCAACUGCUGAAGCAGAAAGCAAUUGCUGGUCCACCAGUUAAUUCAACUUCAAAAGAAACGGGGAAAAUAUAUGAUAAUGUGGGAAUUCUGACAUACGAAGCAGACAAAACAGCCGCCAUGAAUGUCCAACUCCGCCUUCCAUCAGCAGGUAGAAGAGGUUCUGGUCGUAAAAGAGACAUUGAUUCUACUGUGGCAAAGAAAUCCGGCAUUGCUUCCCUGCAGUUAGAGCUCAUGCCUCUCCUCUCAGGAGAGAAAUCAGUGAUCGGUCGUCUGGCAGGAAGCAAUCCUAAAGUUUUGGAUGCUUAUGUGACUUUUGCUGUGGAAGCACCUCUUCUGUCUGAAAGACAAAGGCAUGAAUUGAAUCCACUGAUUAUAAGGAUUACUUCGGCUACCUGCCUCCCAAACACACCGGUACCAGUGGAAGUGCUGCAGAGAUUGUGUAUUCCCACCUACUGCAAAUACAAAUUUCAUAACUUUCCACCUCAUCGAACUCAUGGACAAGUCCAUGGAACUCACGUCUACUUUAAGGAUGUUAAUGUACUUCUAACAGGGAUGAUGAAACCUGGGGAAUUACAGAGGUGUCUUAGAGGUCCACCUUUGGAGAUUGAAGUUCACGACCGGGAUAGAAACAUGGAAAACAACACAAAAAAGCCCUGUUUGUUUGGGGAAGAUGAAGCAGAUGAACACAUGGGUAAGGUGAGCUUCCUUGCUUGCAAAUCCACAAUCAGUAAUUCUUUUACAAGGAACAAAGUGUGGCAUCCACAUGGGGUAGCUAAAGUCAGUCUAACUGAUUUAUUGCUGGGUAAAAAGUACUUGACUAUUAGCGCUCCCAUUCAUAGCUGCUCAGCUCCAAACACACCUGCUUUCAGUGAGGAGGAUGAAAAAAAGACUGUAACAGAAUCAGUGAGUAGUUCUUCCCUGCUGCCUAUGGGAGAUUAUCUAGAAUCAGACUCGCUUUUGAAAGUAAAAGUGGAAAUAGCUGUACCGUUGGGAAUGCAAGCAGAAAUUGCUGAUUCUCAAGUCACAAGUUGCCCAUAUGGUUGUAUAAUCUACAUUUUUGACUACAAUAAUUCAUCUUUAUUACAUGAUUUGGUGGAAGAGAUUACAGAAAUCAAUGCUAAAGCCCUCCAGCUGGACUGCUAUCUUGUACACUUAAUCGGAAUGGCUCUUGCUGCAUCGAAACUGAAAACCACACUUGAGAAACUUUCUGAGUUGGAUAUUGUUACUGGUUUUCACUUACUGGAUGGAGCAACUCAUCUCUUUGUCUUGGAGGGAUUAAAAGACAGAGCAAUCAAGAGACUAUGGGACAGACACUUUGAAAGGACUUACAGAGAGGACGACGGACAACUGGAAAUACUGUAUAACUCACAACUGUCUUUCCAUCAGCGCCUGUAUACAGACCUGGAAGCUCUCUUUUAUCGUUUCCGCCUCUGUCAGCCCCUCUUCGCUAUCACAAAACAGCCUCUGCUCUACGUCAGAGGUACCGUUCCUUGGGCGUGUUUCCAGGCCUUGUCCAGGCUCAGUUUCCUGUGUCACAGUAAGAGAUUGAGGGAUGUAAUUCACAGGGAUCUGCUGCCCUCCGCCGAGAUGGUCACCAUCUUGAGUCAUGAGUACGGAGCUCCCUUCACUGAUGAGGAUCUCUUCAUUCAGAAACCUCCUUUGCUCUCAUUUUCCUCUGAUGGUUAUACAGCGCCAGGAAAAGUUAGCGGAGUGAAACAGGUGGUACGUUCUUCAUUAGAUAACUCCAAUGAAGGGUACGUGCAACGGAAGAAAGAAAUGGCAGACAAAAUGUCUUCUGCGAGAAGCCAUAUUGGGGCUAACAUUGGUGCUGUACGCCAACUCAAAGGAAAGACGAAAAAGCCAAAGUUUGAAGCUUUCAGGAUUUCUCCUGUUGAUGGCAAAUCUGUCUUUAACUACAGCUGUCAAAACCUGAAUUCGGCAGAACUUGCAAAGAAGCGUCUUCGCCAGGAAAUGGCAAAGGAACCAAAGAAGAGAUUCACUUAUUGUCAGGAGUAUCUGUCAGCCACAUUUGACCCAGUGGAUGCGGUUGCUGCAUGUGAGGAAUUCUUUGCAAAAUCCAAGAGCCUGUGGCUGUCACCAGAUGGAUUUGUAUUUCCUGGAUUUAAAAGCAGCAUUGAAAGCAACCUGCACCCUCAGAUGCCUGAUGAAGCACGUCUGGAGGAGUUAAGGGAGAAAUGGCAGGAGAAUGCUCUGCAUGCUAACAUGGAGCCAGUGCUGUCACGAGACAGAUGGAGCUGGGACAAACGGCACAUUGAUUUCGAUCUUUAUAAGAAGCCACCUGAGCUCUUCAUGACAACAGCCCCACAGACUGGUAAUGGAUCUGUCUGUUGUUGGCCUUGUGAAGAUGCUACUCGGAUUCUGCAAACUAGCUUUGAUGACACCGAGCCGAAAGCUCAGCAGCGCUGCACAGCAGCCCAGUUACCCACGUGUGGGCCACAAGCCAGGUUUCAGCCUCAGACGCUCCGAGGACUUCGGAAAGAUGAACCUCUGAAAUUCUCACUCAGGAAGGCAGGACCAAUUCUGAAGCCUCUCCCGGCCCUGCCGGCGUUGGACACCCAGCCCUGUGACACCCCUUGGGAUGGCCUCCCGGGAAGCAGCAAGAGCAUGGCCAGGGGCUUUGCACCAGGUCCUGAAGACCAGCACAGCUUGAAGUGGCACAAGAACGUUAUCCCCUGCCACACCAGAGAGCACGAGACGUUUGGAAAACUCCCAGGCGCAGAGUUCAGGUUGCUUUGCUAUAAACAGUCAUUAAUUCACCAGAGAGAACAAUCUGCAAGAGGAGGACGCACCACCAUCCUCACACAACACCAAGACCCUCCCCAGAACGAUACGCGAGAGCAAAGUUAUUCUGGAUACAGGUGACUUGGUAGACAGAUAACUGGUAAUGUUUACCUGGGACCCCAAAGAACUGCCUUCCUAAUGAAAUCUGGCCAGCAAAUUAUCCCCAAAGGCAAGCAUGGGGACACUGCGGAAUGUGUCAGUGGAUAAAACUGACCUUGCGGGAUAGGGAAGAGGUAGCUAAAUUACAUUUCGGGGUUAGCAAGAGGGUAGGGGAAAACAGGUAAACUGCCAUCAAGUCUGAAUAAUGCUCAUGAAAAAAAAUCUACUGUCUUGCGAGGCUGUCUUUUAACAGAGCUGACAGUUUUUAUUUAAAUAAAACCCCCUAUUUAUUGUUUGUAAAAAAACAAAACAAAGCAAAGGGGCCAGUGUAAAGCUUAAGACCAAGGCCAAGAACAGAACAUGGAGAAGUUCUGUUUAAACGAAAGGGAAAACAUUGAAAUGGGAACUCGGAGAGACAGUGACACCCCCACCUCAGGCACACUCAGACCUCCCCUGGAGAAGGCAACGCUGACUGGAGAAGGCAACGCUGACUGGAGAAGGCAACGCUGACUGGAGAAGGCUGCUGCCCACACAAGACGAGCUCAGCAGGUCCCUUCCAAAAUAAACGCUUCUGAUCCCACAAAUCU